AUGGCUUACAUUCUUGACUUACCUGCCGAGCUCAUUUUUCCAAUUCUCGAUGACCUGCAUACCACCCAUCCACCAUCCCUGGUCGCUUUUGCGUGUACAAACAAACGCAGUCAUCAUCUCUCGAAGCCGGCGCUCACUCGUGGUCGCUAUCACACCCUUGCAUUUAAAGUUGAUUUAACGAGACUACAGGACGAUGUAAAGAAGUGUACUCUUGAGCUAGAAAGGGACAAGGGUGCCUUCGAUGCUGUACGCUGCCUGAUUAUAGAGACAAUAGAGUGGCGAUCUCUAAAGAUCUACGACGACGAAGUAAGUGACGAGGACUUAUCUCAAAGGCCAUUAUUUCGCUGGAAACGUUAUGAUACUCUGGAACGCCAAGAAAUUGAUUCACUCACCCGCUAUCACACUGAACGAUGGCCUGAAUCGGAUCGCUGUGACCUUGAUGACGGCUCAUGGAUGCCAUUGGCGGACCUUCUUCGUCGCCUUCCUCAGCUAGGAGACCUAGUCUACCUGGGCCUGACCCAAUUUCCCCCGUGUAUGCUUGAUGCCCUUCAUACCUCUAUACCAUCUUGCAGACUAUUUCUGCAUAACUUCAUGCUACGCUCCAUUGUUGAGGGGGAUAGGCUAGACGAAUAUGACUAUACACUGGUUACCUCACCCUGUCUAUAUGGUCUCACAAUUUCAUGCGACGAUGUACAAAUCUCUGAGGAGUUAUACAGCUUCCAUCAGGAAGCCAUUCAGCGUAUGGUAUAUGGGCUCUCGCCAAACCUGAAAGAAAUUCAUAUAGAUCGUGACCGCCUAGGUGGUUUCGCAGCACGGUUUCCCUUGAAACCUGCCUAUAGUUGGAACCAACACUGGCAGGGUUUUACCUUGGACAAAAAACUUCCGGGGACAUUUCAAAAGGGUGCGCUAGAGCGCAUAGUGUUGUCCAAGACAGAAACAGACAUCAUCAAACGGGAUAUAGAACCGUGGAGUGAGUAUACAGAUUUCUCAAAGUUGCGUGUCUUGAGGCUCUGUACCUAUGUCUGUAACAUUCAGGAAGACGUGCUAGAGUACCUUUUGACCUUUAACUUUGCAUCUCUUGAGACAUUUGAACUAUGCAUGGGAAAAUUUAGUCGGACCUCCUUUUUUCUUCUGCCAUGCUCAUCUUCCUUUGCCCGUGCUACUACACGGUUUCUCGAACAAGUACCUGCUCUAUCGACUCUUAAGCUUCAGGAUUGGGACCCAAAACUUGAGCUGGAUGUUCUCCAAUAUUCCAACCUACGCAAACUUCAUUUAAAGCCAGUGGUUGGUUCGUCUGUAUCCCUCAACAACCUCAACCAUAUAGCCAAAUACUGCCCUUUACUUUCGACCCUUGUCAUAACCCUCCGCCGCCUUCGGGGAAACGCAGAUGAGGUCAAAAUGUAUAAAGUUCUAGGCUCUAUGGCCAGACUAGCCUACCUGGAUCUCUUAUUGGAUGUGGAAGACCCCAAGUUUCGCUUGGGAGGUUGCGGGAAGGCGCCUGAUAUUCCUAGCGAUCCUUCUUUUGAUGACUUUGACAAGGAAUUUUAUCCCCAGAUAACCCUCGGAUCUUACAAAUGCCCCCGUAAAGGACAUUUGCGGGAUGGGUUCAUAAAUAGUGCUCUUGACGCCGACCUGGUUUCCUCUAUUUUUCGCACGAUAAAUUCGGCUAAGCCAGAUAUAUCGGUCCUACUCAAAAAGAUGACCAUUAGAGUCGACACAACGGAAUUCACAAAUGAUAUAUAUGACAGGGGCGCAAGUACGCUUUACUACAAUGUCCUCAGAUAUCUCGGUGUAGAGUGGACAGUAGAACGAAAUUACUCAGAUCUUACUAUGGAUAACCUCAUCGCGAUCAGAACAGGGAAGAACAGAAUCGAGUGGAAUAGAUGUUUGCAGUCCUUUGAUGAUACGUGCCGUGACCUAGGCGCUGUAUUCCAUAAUCUGUGGCCUUCAAAAGGGGGAUCUAGCGAAGAAAAUGACUGGCAUAGCUUCCCACUGGCCACGGGUGAUAAUGAAGCAGAAAUCGAGCGAUGGCUCAACAGAAACAAGUCAGGUUAA